AUGCAGAAUUUUAAAAGAGAUGUUAUAUCAACUGAGAGAGAUACUAAAUCUAUGGAAAUAGAUACAACAUCAACUGAAAGAGAUGGUACAUCAACUAAAAGAGAUGGUACAUCAACUGAAAGAGAUGGUUCAUCAACUGAAAGAGAUGGUACAUCAACUAAAAGAGAUGGUACAUCAACUAAAAGAGAUGGUACAUCAACUGAAAGAGAUGGUACAUCAACUGAAAGAGAUGGUACAUCAACUAAAAGAGAUGGUACAUCAACUAAAAGAGAUGGUACAUCAACUGAAAGAGAUGAUACAUCAACUGAAAGAGAUGGUACAUCAACUGAAAGAGAUGAUAUAUCCACUGAAAGAAAUGGUACAUACACUGAGCGAGAUCGUCUUUCCACUGAUAGAAAUCGUCUUUAG